GGUUAUUACACUGACUGAAGAUGAAGUUUUCCCUUGUCUUUCUUCUUUUAUUAGAUAUCCCUCAUUUAAAAGGGCAGCAGAGGAUUGAGGAGUUUGAGCACAUUUUGCUGAGACUCGCCUUUCCUUCAGUUUACAAUAGUUACAGCAAGUCCUGCUGUAAACUCUAUCCAGGAGGAUGUUACGAGCUGCUGGACAGUACAGGGUACACCUGUGAUUUACUGAGAGGAAGAGUGACGAAAACUGAGAGAGACGGCUGGAUUGAAUUCAAAAUAUCAAAUGUGCAGAUUGUGGAUGGAGGCUACUACAGAUGUAUUGUGCUGGGAGCUCAAAACCACAUCUACAAAGACUACUAUGUUGAGGUGUUUGAAGCUUCAGGUCACCACAGAGAAGCUUCAAGUCACCACAGUGAGUCUCAGCUUCCACUGACAACAACAAUCAAAGCCCCCAUCACAUCCAUAACAGUCCCAGACUCCACUGGACCUUCUCUGGCACAGGACCACAGUGACAGUCCCAGGUAUUCAUUGGUUCUGUAG